UGGGAAUCUUACAAUCAUGGCUGACAGAAGAUGAAGGGGGAGCAGACACAUCUUACACGGCAGGAGCAAGAGCAAGAUAGGGGGUGCUACACUCUUAAACAAGCAGCAAGAAUUGCAAGAACUCGCUCACUAUCAGGAGAACAGCACCAAGUGGAUGGUGCUAAACCAUUCAUGAGAAACACCUCCAUGAUCCAAUCACCUCCACUAGGCCUCACUCCCACAUUUGAGAUUACAAUGCAACAUCAGAUUUGGGUGAGGACACAGAUCCAAACCAUAUCGAUGUUCACGGAAGACCAGGAUGUAGAUAAGGGGCUUCUCUAUGACACUGUAUUCAAGCACUUCAAAAGACAUAAGCUGGAGAUUUCAAAUGCAAUAAAAAAGACAUUUCCAUUCCUUGAGGGCCUCCGCGACCGUGAACUCAUCACAAAUAAAAUAUUUGAAGAUUCUCAAGAUUCUUGUAGAAACCUGGUCCCUGUACAAAGAGUGGUGUACAAUGUUCUCAGUGAACUGGAGAAGACAUUUAACCUGCCAGUUCUGGAAGCACUGUUCAACGAGGUCAACAUGCAGGAAUACCCCGAUUUAAUUCACAUUCGUAAAAGUUUCAACAAUGCAAUCCAAGACAAAUUGUUUUUCCAAGAAAGUGAUCGAAAAGAAAGGGAAGAGAGGCCUGACAUCCAACUAAGUCUUGAACAAGGAGCAGAGCAACCAGCAUGUGAAAAUGAGAAGUGCUCCUAUGUCACGGGUUUCUCCAAAGAAGUGCCAGAAAGCCCAGAAGCAAAGAUGGAAAAUGAUCAAGCAUGUGGCAAAAUGGAUACUGUGGAUAUUGGAAACAACUCUACUUUGGGAAAACCCAAGAGGAAAAGAAAAAGAAAGAAGGGGCAUUCCUGGACCAGAAUAAAAAGCAGAACACAGAAAAAAUUCCAACAACAUGAUAACAGCAAAGCCGGUGGCCAGCUGAUCCCUAAGGAAGAGAAGGCAAAAGUGAAUCUGCAAGGCCUUUCCAAGAUCAGUGGGAGAAAGAGAAGCAAACCUGGAACCCGCUUCACUCACAGUGACAGAGCUCCACAGAAAAGGGUCCGAUCGAGAGCUUCAAGAAAGCACAAAGAUGAAACUGUGGAUUUUCAGGCUCCUUUACUUCCGGUGACCUGUGGUGGGGUGAAGGGAAUUUUACAUAAGGAGAAAUUGAAACAAGGAAGCUUCUUGAAGUGUAUACAGACUGAGGAUGGAAAUUGGUUCACCCCCGCAGAAUUUGAAGCCAAAGGAGGCUACGCAAGAUCAAAGAACUGGAAGCUGAGUGUGCGCUGUGGUGGGUGGCCCCUACAAAGGCUGAUGAAGGAAGGAUCUCUACCUAAUCCUCCAAAAAUACAUUACAGGAACAAAAAGAGAAUACUGAAGUCUCACAAUAGCUCAGUGGACCCUUGUAUGAGAAACUUGGAUGAGUGUGAGGUGUGCCGGGACGGAGGGGAGCUGUUCUGUUGUGACACUUGUUCAAGAGUCUUUCAUGAGAACUGUCACAUCGCCCCUGUGGAACCUGAGAGGACCCCGUGGAGUUGCAUCUUCUGCAGGAUGAAGGAGUCUUCAGGAAGCCAACAGUGUUGUCAGGAAUCUGAGGUCCUGGAGAGGCAGAUGUGUCCACAGGAACAGUUGAAAUGUGAGUUCCUCCUCUUGAAAGUCUAUUGCUGUUCUGAGAGCUCCUUUUUUGCCAAGAUUCCAUACUAUUAUUAUAUUAGAGAGGCGUGUCAAGGCCUGAAGGAGCCCAUGUGGUUGGAUAAAAUCAAGAAAAGGCUGAAUGAGCACAGUUACCCCCAAGUGGAGGGGUUUGUACGAGACAUGCGCCUCAUCUUCCAGAACCACAGGGCCUCUUACAAGUAUAACGAUUUUGGCCAAAUGGGACUUAGACUGGAGGCUGAGUUUGAGAAGGAUUUCAAGGAAGUGUUUGCUAUUCAGGAAACAAAUGGGAACAGUUGACUGGUUUAGUGGAUGCUGAAGGUCUUCAGGAAAUGGCACCCCAAAAUAUGCCACUGCUUUGCCACUGACUUCAAACUGAGAGCACUUGGGAAAUAGCACAAGCAGGGAGGGGCUUUUCUCUGAGCCUCCCUCAUCUGCCCAAAGACAAAUCCUCAAAAGAAAUUCGAUCAUCAUGAAUCACAACCCCAAGAAUCUCACCAACCAGAGAAGAGUAACUGAGAUCACAGGGAAGGAGAUUGGAGGUGACACCAGCACAGACAGACUCUCACCUCUUCUCCUGAGGUUGGCUCCAGACAACGUUGAUUACUCACAAGACCUUUCUCCUCUGUUUUUUUUUUUUUUUUGAGAUGGAGUCUCACAUUGUCACCCGGGAUUGGAGUGCAAUGGCGUGAUCUCGGCUCACUGCAACCUCUGCCUUCCAGGUUCAAGCGAUUCUCCUGCCUCAGCCUCCCGAGUAGCUGGGAUUACAG